UCCUCUCCCAUGUCCCAUCUCCUGCUGCAAGUCACAGAAUGAGCUGGCAUGGCUUGCUGGGAUCUGUUGUUCACUAGAAGGCUCCCCAUAGUGGGGGGAUGUACUAAGGCUUGGGGGACCAUUUGGUUGAGGCUUAUUCCUUCUUUCUGUGGGGUGUUGGCUGCAAAUGUUUACUAUCACCCUAAUGUAUGUAGGAGGGUUCAUAUAUCUCCAACACCCGCUGCAGCCCACGUAGGUUUCUAUGGGGAAUGCGAUACUGCCAGAUUUACCUGUAUCCGGAAUGUGAAGCGUUCCCAAUAUGGCCUCCGCAGCUACGGCUGUCUGAAGAUGGCGGUAGCCCGCUGUAGCCUAUGGGUCACACUUUACAUAAGUGCCCGGGAGACGGUCCCCCCAGAACCCUCUCCAGCAAUGGCCGCCACACAUGCGCAGUAUACCUGGCACUGACGCGGGCACAUUGCAGGGACGGGCACCUUUCGGAGCUCCUGCCGUUGCUGCUUAUUCCAUCCAGGGAACAUGUAUCCGUUUCCUGCAGUGCGAUCUAUGGCGCUGAUUCUGCGACCAGAUCACAUUGUAAAUGCAAUGAUUGGUAAAUGGCCAUAUUUAUUGUAUCAGGAACAUGUCCGCCGCGCAGGCUCCUCCCAGGCCUCUGAUCGCAGUCUGUCAGAUGACUUCAACGUCCAACAAGGAGAAGAACUUGUCCACGUGCUCGCAGCUUAUCCGGGAAGCCGCCUCUCGGAGCGCCUGUAUGGUCUUCCUGCCGGAGGCUUGUGAUUACAUCGGCAGCAACACGGAGGAGACCCUCAGCCUGGCGGAGCCUCUAGACGGGGAUCUUAUGCAGCGAUACGCAGACCUCGCCAGGGAAUGCGGGGUCUGGCUGUCUCUCGGGGGCUUUCAUGAGAAAGGAGCCAGCUGGGAUAGGGAUCGGAGGAUCUCCAACGCUCACGUGAUUCUAGAUGAUACAGGACACGUGGUAUCUGUGUACCGUAAAACCCACCUGUUUGACGUGGACCUGCAGAGUGGGGUGUCCCUGAAGGAGAGCAGUUUUACUAUCCCUGGAGCUGAGCUUGUUGCACCAGUCAGUACCCCAGCGGGAAAGGUUGGCCUUGCAGUUUGCUACGACCUGCGUUUUCCAGAGAUGUCUUUGGCAUUAUCCCGGGAAGGAGCAGAGAUUCUCACCUACCCCUCGGCCUUUACCGUCACUACAGGACUGGCACACUGGGAGGUGCUGCUGAGAUCCCGCGCUAUAGAGAACCAGUGUUACGUGGUGGCAGCGGCACAGACCGGCGCUCACAACCAGCGGAGGACUUCGUUCGGCCACGCCAUGGUGGUAGAUCCAUGGGGCGUGGUCAUAGCUCAGUGCCAGGAUGGGGUGGGUCUGUGCUACGCCGAGAUCAACUUGCCAUAUCUACACCGCGUGCGGCAGGAAAUGCCAGUUCGGUGCCACCGGAGGGCUGAUCUGUACGGCGAUGUCACCAGAGAGACCCCAGGCUGACGUACGCACACAGAUGGGUGCAACAAAUGCGCAACAGCAUCAGGGAUAACGAAUAAUGCAAUUCAUUGAUUGUGUCACAUUCUGAUCAAUAAAUGCAAUAUUGCUAAUCGAGGUCAGUUAUGGCGCAGAAUGUAAUAUAAAAUAAUAAUAUAAUCCAGCGUGAGAUCAAUACAGAUUACAACAGUGUCAAUUCUUUGAAUAAAAUAAAUGGAAUUUCUGUUAAUUUA